AUGCUCCUGACGCAGGAAGAAAUCGACUCGUGCCGGGAGUCGUUUGUCCACUUCGAUAAGGAUGGGUCGGGCACGAUCGACAAAUACGAACUGGCCAAGGUGUUGGAAGCGAUGGGGCAAAAGCCGAGCGAAGAAGAGUUGUUCCAGAUGAUCUCGGAAGUCGACGACGACCACAGCGGCGAGAUCGAGUUCCCCGAGUUCCUUCGCGUCAUCGAGACGCAGAAGCGGCGUGCAAUGGAGUACGACGACGAGUCCGACUUUAUCGACGCGUACGUGGCGUGCGGUGGCGGCCCCGGGAAAAGUGGCCACGUCGAACGGCGCGUCCUUGUCCACCUCAUCAAGAAGGACUUUGGGCUCCCCAUCGACAUCGACAAGAUGCUGGAUGAGCUCGACACGGACGGCAGCGGCGAGAUCGAGUACGAUGAGUUCAAAGCGCUGCUGUCGCAGUAA